CCUCUCUGUUCUGCAGCGGUUGGGAGAUGUGAGGAACAGUCGGAGAGCGACGACAUUGAGCAACCUGUGCAUCGACACGACUCCCCCACCCCCAUCUUCAGCAUGAAUGGGGAUAUGCCUCAUGUUCCCAUUACUACUCUUGCUGGGAUCGCUAGCCUUACAGACUGUAAGUAUUACACUGCCACUCACACAUUUACUGAUAUGGCGGAUACCUGGAAAGCAAGUGAAAAGAUGCUAGUGGGGCCAAGCUAUUUUUGAUAUACUGAGUCUACUGACAUUUAUUCCUGCUGCAAGCUUUGAUGGUACAUCGGCAAAAUAGAUCUUUAGUAUACAAUGCUGUUUUCAAAAUGUAUACAAUCCUUUAAACAAUAAUACAUCUCAUAAAGUCACAACCAUUUUGCUUGCUUUAUGGUCAGUGCUGCCUGCCACAAAGCUAAUUUAUUGGUAUUUAGAUUAUUAAUUAACCAAGUUAGCCUGAUUUGAAUUGAGCUUGUUUGAUUGCUCCUUUUUUCUUCUUGUAAUAAAGCAUUAACGUUCACUGCAUGAAUAUUACAGUCUUGGUAUUUAGGACACUCCAACAACUGAGUAUGAUUGAUGGUACUUUUCCAUAGCCCUUGCUUUAGAAUUGCAUUGGUAGUGCAAUGUGAUGUAUAGUGCCCAUAUCAGAAAGUAUCCACCUGUGCACAUUUUGUUGCCUUUGUGCCUCGACUUUCAAUGCAAUAAAUUACACAGUGGUUAAGUGUCCAAGCCUGGAUGGAAAUGUCUCUGGGUUACAAAUCUAGGCAAAUAUUCUGUGCAUGCGUGGCACGUGUUUACAUUGUUUGUGGCCAUUCGCCUGAGUUUGACAGUUCACAAACACAAGGUUGUAGCUAGUUACCCAGUAGCUAGGUAGCUUGAAUACAGAUAUGACCUCUGACGAAGAGCCAUGAGGCUGAAACGUUGGCACAAACUAAACAAGUGACUUUGCAUGUAGAGUGUGCCAGGGCAUCUUUUCUUUGAAUUAUUAUUCAACAUUUCCUAUCCACCUGCCAAACAAUCCCUAGAUGUGAAUUUCACUUUUAGGUUUUUGUCCUGCAAAUAGGUGGAUUUCUUUCUCAGCGUAAGGUCUUUAUCAGACUGCAGAAGGAUUUCCUCUAUUAUUUUGCCUCUGCUUUGCUCUUUUCAUUUUCUUUUGAUCCUGCCAAGUUUACCGAUAACAAGCAUACCCAUUAUAUGAUGCAGCCACCACCAGAGGUGUGGACUAGAGUCACAUGACUUGGACUCGAGUCUGACUGGAGUAAAAAAAAAACGUGCAACAGAUUGGCUUGUGAAACACACACUCGGCCCUCUAAUUGGACCAGCAAACUGUCAAUCAACACAGGUCUGGUGAGCUAGCCAACAGAUUGGUGAUUUGCUGUACAGCGCAAACGUCAAAUUGUAGGGAGAGAGGAUUGCCGUAAAUGGGUAACACUUUAUUUGGAUACUCCAUCUGUAGAUGCUCUACAGGCUAUCACUAACAUUUCAACUAACUAUCUACUAGCCCUAGCCCUAACCUUAACUCUUACCCUAACCCUUACCCUAACCCUUAUUCUAAACCUAAGCUUUACCCUAACAAGCAGUUGCUUAUCAACAGGUAGUUUGUUGAUAGUAUCCUUCUGUCUUUAAUAUUCUUGGUGAUGAAGAAUACUAAAGACAUGCUCCGCAACUUUGGCAACUAGUAAGUCUUUUUUUAAAUCUCCCGCUUUGGUCUGGAUGUGCCAAUGUGUCGUUCAUACAUGUGCAUAAUCUAUUAGCAGAAUUACUGUCUUAUCUCAAUUAGCCACAAGUACACGUACAUAAAGCCAGCCAAAUAGAAAAAGUAGUCAGCCAGGCACCCCGGGCCAGGGUGCGGGGUCUUUGCCUCCAAGGGUUCAAAAUGUUUUGCCUAAGUAGCUCUAUUUUGGUGGCCUCUGGUACAUUCUAAUUCCAUCCAAAUAGGCUACAUAGAGAAAUGAUUGAAUCAUUAUUUACCUCCCAGAUUAGAAUAAUUAGUUGGGGUAUUAUGUAGAAAGACAUGACUUUACAAUUUAAAUUACCCAAAAAAUAUGAAUUCAAUGUAUUGUUGGUUGUUUUGGAUAUUGUCUAGGCCUAUAUGAUCAGGACUAUUGUAAACCUUUUUUAAAACAUUUGAUCUGUCUUCUCUUGAGAUUAAAGUCUUAUUUACAGUUUUACUGCAAGAUAUGAAUUGCCACAAUAAUGUUUGCUCUUCAAAUUAUGUAAUUUAUUAAAACUGAAAAAGGAACUAUGUAGCCCACAUUAUCGUGAAAAAUAUAUAUACACAUUUAUUUUCACCUUUAUUUAACUAGGCAAGUCAGUUAAGAACAAAUUCUUAUUUAAAAUGACGGCCUACAUUAAAGGUUAAAUAUAAAAAAAUAAAAGGGUUAUGUCAGUCUUAAGUAUUAUCUCUUUCUAAUUUACAUAGCCUAAAUUAAUGACAAAUUAUCAUUUAGGUAGGGCCCUAUAAAAUAAAUGUUUUGCCUGAUUCAGUUUUGUUCUUUCCAAAAUUCUGUUUUUUCCAUUGAGUGUAUCCAGGUUUUCACUCUCAAAAUCACACUUUUUAAAAUAGAACAUCCAAUGUUGUUGUUUUUCUAAGUCCACAACAAUGCUUAAACCACAUUAGGAGAUCAUUUUUGAGGUCUGGAAAAAAUCUGGGAAAUUUAGAUUUUUGGAUGUAGUUACCCUUUAAUUCAAGUGGGCACCUAGCACAAGAGGCUGUUGUUUAGCAGUGUUUUUGUAGCGCACAUGAUGGUAGAGUUUGCAAAGUAAAUACCCACUGGAUUGAUGAAAAUAAUCAUUAUAUUAUUCUGCCAGGUAAGCAUAGGCUACUUUGUAGUUAAUUUAAUUUAAGGUUUUUGGGAAAGCCUUUCCAUUUACCAGAAGACUGUUUUCAUUAGCAUCAUCGAUUAACGGCUACACAAAGUGGGAGACACGCACACCACACACAGACAGGGGCAUUCUUGUUGCCUCUUUAGAAAGUUGCAGGAAAUACGAAUCACCUGAUGCGUUCUGUUCAUGUCUUAUGAUAAACCUGGGCAAAUGUAAUACAUUUUCAAUACAUUUACAGUGCCUUCAGAAAGUAUUCACACCCCUUUACUUUUUCCACAUUUUGUUGUGUUACAGCCUGAAUUUAAAUUAAACUGAGAUUCUGUGUCACUGAUCUACACACAAUACCCCAUAAUGUCAAAGUGGCAUUUCGUUUGUAGAAUUUUUUUUUUUAUUAAUAAAAAAUGAAAAGCUGAAAUGUAUUGAGUGAACAAGUAUUCAACCCAUUAUGUUAUGGCAAGGCGAAAUACGUUCAGGAGUAAAAAUGUGCUUAACAAAUCACAUAAUAAGUUGCAUAGACUCAUUCUGUGUUCAGUAAUAGUGGUUAACAUGAUUUAUGAAUGACUACCCCUUCUCUGUACCCCACACAUACAAUUAUCUGUAAGGUCCCUCAAUCGAGUAGUGAAUUUCAAGCACAAAGACCAGGGAGGUUUUUCAAUUCCUUGCAAAGAAGGGCACCGAUUGGUAGAUGUGUAGAAAAUAAUCCUUGCUAGUAGAUAGCGCAAUGACUGGAAGUCUAUGGGUAACGCUAGUAGGCAAAACUACCUCUAACUUCCUUCAUACUUGACACAGAGACAUAAAAAUGGUAUCCAUGAGUUCAUCUGACUCUGGGGAACUAGAAAAUGGGCCUCGUUGACAAAAUCCCGAAGUAUCCCUUUAAGUAACACUGCAAAAAAUUGGCUAAGACAUUGACUUUUUGUCCUGAAUACAAGCGUCAUAUUUGGGGCAAAUACAACACAUCAUUGAGUACACUCUUCCUAUUUUCAAGCAUGGUGGUGGCUGCAUCAUGUUAUGGGUAUGCUUGUCAUCGGCAAGGACUAGGGAGUUUUUUAGGAUGAAAAUAAACUGAAUAAGGGCCUCCCGAGUGGCGCAGCAGUCUAAGGCACUGCAUCGCAGUGUUGCGGCGUCACUACAGCCUGGGGUUCGAUCCGGCCGUGACCGGGAGUCCCAUAGGGCGGCGCACAAUUGGCCCAGCGUCGUCCGGGUUAGGGGAGGGUUUGGCUGGGGGGGCUUUACUUGGCUCAUCGCGCUCUAGCGACUCCUUGUGGCGGGCCGGGCGCCUGCAGGCUGACUUCGGUCGUCAGUUGAACAGUGUUUCCUCCGACACAUUGGUGCAGCUGGAUUCCGGGUUAAGCCAGCGGGUGUUAAGAAGCGCGGUUUGGGGUGGUCAUGUUUCAGAGGACGCAUGACUCGACCUUCGCCUCUCCCCAGCCCGUUGGGGAGUUGCAGCGAUGAGACAAGAUCGUAAUCACGAAAUUGGGGAGGAAAAGGGGGUAAAAAUUACAAAUAAAUAAUAAUUAAGAAACUGAAUACAGCUAAGCACAGGCAAAAUCCAUUCAGUCUUCUUUCCAACAGACACUGGGAGCAAAAUGUACCUUUCAGCAGAACAAUAUCAUAAAACACAACGCCAAAUCUACACUGCAGUUGCUUACCAAGACGACAUAAAAUGUUCCUGAGUGACCUAGUUAGUUUUGACUUAAAUCAGCUUGAAAAUCUAUUGCAAGACUUGAAAAUGGCUAUGAUCAGCAACCAACUUCACAGAGCUUGAACAGUUGGAAAAAAAAUUAUGGGCAAAUAUUGUACAAUCCAGGUGUGCAAAGCUCUUAGAGACUUACCCCAAAAAACGUACAGCUGUAAUCGCUGACAAAUGUGUUUCUAACAUGUAUUGUUUCCGGGGGUUGAAUACUUAUCUAAUCAAGAUAUAUUAAUGGAUUAUUUUUCAUUAAUUUUUAAUAAAUGUUAGAGUAUUUUGUGUAGAUCGUUGACCAAAAAUGACAAUUAUAUCCAUUUGAAUCCCACUUUGUAACACAGCAAAAUGUGAAAAAAGUCAAAGGGUGUGAAUACUUUCUGAACGCACUGUAGUUGAUUCCCUACUAAGGUCGAUACAUUUUUGAAUAUUGUUGAAUUCCGUUUUAAUGCCUGCAUUCCGCAAGGGCCCUAAUUAUCAUAUUUGGACCAGAAUGAGGCUCUCCACAACUUAUAGUUCCUGCAGUGAUGAUUCACCAUCUUCAUUGAAUGCUUUCAAAAGUUAUCUGCAGAUAAUCGCCAAAAAGCCUAGGCCUACCAGUAGCCUAUGCAAAUUAGGGAGCCAAAUGAACGGCUCUCUCACCGAUGCGAUUUGGUAGGCUACACUGACUUGACGAGACGAGAGUCAAUCACUUUAGCGUCACUAUAUGGCAAGCCCCGACAUCCUAGGAUAGGAAACCUAAGAAAUCAUUUUGUUUACUUGUUCUGAUGCAACCAACCACAGCGCACACCAGUUUUACUGGGAGGGGGGAACAGACAUCAGACUGCGUUUCCCUGUCCUCAUUCGCUUUGUGACUGGCAGGCGCCUAUCCUAUCAAUAGAUUGCAAGAAGAUGCAUAUCAUUCAUUCUAGAGGGAGAGGGUUCGACGGACUAGCGAAGUAUACGUUUCUAAAUUAAAAGUAGCCUAGUUAAUAUGAAGUGGAAAAUUAGCUGGCUGAAAAUGUGUCCGUUACUGGCUGAUUAGCCUACGGACGGUGCUUAUGGAAAACACUGAGUUUGAAACCGACUCUUUACUGGAAGCUGUGCUGCGCCAAUUUCCCCCACGUGGGCCAGCCCCCUAGCAAUUAUAGUUCCAGCCAAUGAGCUUCAUCCCCUCACCAUUUGAGUGGCAGCUAGCAAGAUGCACACACAGCGGAGUGCGAGAGGGAGAGAGAGCAAUGUCGUGGUGCACAUAUCUGCACAUACUGUGUGUGACAUAGUAUGCAAUUGUCUGGGACCACUUUUGGCUCGCGAGCACUACUUUCAGAACUACUCACUAAAAAGUAUACAAAAGUGUCGGAGAAUCUCUUUAAGUGUUUACUUUCCAAGGUCACCAGCAAUGGGGCAUCAAGCAAAAAUUACUAGCAUAGGCCUACUGGUCUUUUGGUAUGUCAAAAUCGCUUGAAAUUGAUAAUAUACUUAUGAAGCUUACAUUUGUAAUUUGUUAAAAGUAAUUAUUAAAUAACCAAAAUGUGUUGUAGACAAAAUAAUGAAAAGGGAUGUCUGGUAGGCUCAAUAAAUAGACAAAGAUUUGUAGUUGAACAAGUCAUAUAGAUGUUUUAUUUUACUUUACUUUAAAAAAAAACAUGUGACUCGACUUGACUCGCUCUUAGAAUGCACAACUUGGACUUGACUCGAGACUUGACCUGUUCUACUUGGGACUCGACUUGGGACCCUUUUUAGAGCUAGAAUAGAUUUUGUACCCAAUGUUUUGAUUCUUACCAAAUAUGUUGUCUUCUAGUGUGAAAACACCCUUAAACUAUGGAUGGUUUUAUGCAGUAAUGUGUAGUGUUGGAUUUACCUCUAACUUAAUACUUUGCAUUUAGGUUGUACAAUGUAUUUGUUUCUAAUAUAAUUUGGAAGGAGGCUUUUCAGUAUAUGCUUCCUUAUUUAGUGAAACCAAUAUCGGGGAUGUUGUUGAUCCAUGCCAGGGUCCAAUCUUAACUUAUUUUCUUUCUGGCCCGGUCAGGCCAGUUGGCCAAGAAUGUACUGUCCCAAACAGAAUUUCUACUGGCCCAGACAUGGUGUAGUUUUUUUAAUGCAUUGGGGUCAUGCAGGGCCUAUAGCAGCGUUUCCGAAACUUGGUCCUGGGGACCCCAAGGGGUGCACAUUUAUUUUUUUGCUCUAGCACUACACAGCUGAUUCAAAUAAUCAACUAAUCAUCGAAGUUUGAUUAUUUGAAUCAGCUGUGAAGUGCUAGCGCAAAAACCAAAACGUGCACCCUUUGGGGUCCCCAGGACCAAGUUUGGGAAACACUGGCCUAUAGGUUGGCAUGCAUCUCUCUAUAUUCAGCUAUUAAAGACAUUCUCCGUUACUUUGGCGAUUUAGAAAAAAUGUGUUUAACCUCCCGCUUUGGGCUGGAUGUUUCAAUGUGUAGUUUAUACAUGCAUAAUAUAUGAGCAGAAUUAACUGUCUUACCUCAAUUAGCCACGAAAUCCCUAGUUUAAAAGCAACUGUUUCCCUACAUUUCCCCUCAUGUGGGCCAUCCCCCUAGCAAUUUGAGUUCCAGCCAAUGAGCUUCAGACCCUCGCAUUUGAGUUACCGCUAGCAAGAGGCCUGUCCAGCGUUAUCCAAUGAGGUAGCAGGGCAGGCCAAACACCACAGCAGAGUUUAAUUUUGUAAAUCACUUUUCGUAAAAUAAAUAACCUCAGUGAGUGGAUUAUUGUGCGUUUCUUUUUGCUCUGGACAGUUCGCGUGUGCUGUGUGAAGGCAUCAAUUCAUGUGCUGCUCAAGAAGUUGUGACUUGCAGUAGCGUGGUGGUGCUUGAAUGAACGGCCAAUCAUAUUGCUCAAAUACAAAUAGCUUGAGUAUUCUGUGUGUAGUCUUCAUUGGUUUUCAAUGGUAGACUGUGACAUAGCUGGUGAAUGUUGAACUGGAAUGCAAAAAUGCACAGAAAAGUUAAUGGCCAGGUUGGACCAGUGACUGACAAGAUCCACGGGCCAUUGUUAAUGUCGGACCCUGCAUGCACAUUUUUCCAUCUCAGCCUUUGUUGGUUACAGCAAGCAGAGACGACCAUAAUCACAAAUCAUAGUUAACAAGUUUUAAUGUUGUUCCGCCAUAUACCACAGGUGUCGUAAAACAUUGCUCAAAGCCACAUCAAUACAGAAAACAAUAGGUGUUUUAUCACCAUUGUCCUCAUGUUGACAUCCCUUGGCAGUUUCCUUCCUACCCGGCAGCUCAGUUAGGAAGGAAGGUGAGAUUUAUUUUCUGAGUGGUAUAAUAUAUUAUCCACAGCUUGAUUAUUCAUUUGGCCGUGCUCAAAGGGAUAUUCAGUGUCUUUUCAGUAUGGCAGACGUCUACUCACUCACUCGCUCAGCCAACCACCCACUCACUCAGGCUAACCGGUCUCCUUUUCGUCUUUGCAGUGUUAAACCAGCUGCCCCUGCCCUCCCCUCUCCCCGCCACCACCACUAAGAGUCUGCUGUACAAUGGGAGGAUCGCGGAGGAGGUCAACUGUCUGCUGGCCUGCCGGGAUGAGAACCUGGUGUCCCAGCUGGCUCACAGCCUCAACCAGGUUUCCACCGAGCACAUGUGAGUACCUCACCGCCCCUGCACAUUUCUACACUAGCUUUCAAACCAGCUGAGGAGAGAAAGUUCUCUCAUUUUAAGCCACAGUUGCCAUAGUUGAUUCAUGUAUAAAGUGUGUGAUUUAUUCUGAUGUGCUGACUGUAACAUUCUGCCCCCUCCCCUCCCAUUGCAGAGAGCUGAAGGAUAACCUGGGCAGUGAUGACCCAGAGGGAGACGUGCCUGUGCUGCUGCAGACAGUGCUGUCUAGGAACCCCAACAUCUUCAGGGAGAAAAGUAAGUCAGCCUGGCACAGGGUUCAGGGUGGUAAGGAGAGAGUGUCUCUGACGCUGCACUGGGCCACGGUGUAUGGCCUAACACAGCACUGACUGUGUCCCUUCUUCUUAGGGCCUUGAUUUGUUGACCUGAGUAACACUUCCUGGGUCAAAUGUGUUUUCUGGGUCAAAACAGCUUUUUGAGGCAUUGCAAGGCAAGCUUUGCGCUGUACUUGUAGCUUGGAAAGAGCUUGUGGUACUUAUUGCCUUAAGUAUACUUGAUAAAACAUUUAAUUGCUCUGUGAUCUAUGGACAGCAAGAAGCGAUUUCAAUCAGUGAUACCAUUGGGGUUCUUCUUUUCAUCUAUUGACAAACUGGUGUCUAGUUGCUGGUGCUAUAGGGGGAUAGUGGUGUCUGCAUAGACUGUUGAGGCUGGUGCCAGUAGAGAUCCCCUGUACUGUAUAAUGCUGUGCUGAGAUUGGGAUACAGCGCAAGACUUGGAACCUCGUCAUGUCUGAGACAGUUUGUCAUCCAUAGUAGUCAUGCAUACAGUGAGGGAAAAAAGUAUUUGAUCCCCUGCUGAUUUUGUACGUUUGCCCACUGACAAUGAAAUGAUCUGUCUAUAAUUUUAAUGGUAGGUUUAUUUGAACAGUGAGAGACAGAAUAACAACAAAAUAAUCCAGAAAAAUGCAUGUCAAAAAUGUUAUAAAUUGAUUUGCAUUUUAAUGAGGGAAAUAAGUAUUUGACCCCCUCUCAAUCAGAAAGAUUUCUGGCUCCCAGGUGUCUUUUAUACAGGUAAUGAGCUGAGAUUAGGAGCACACUCUUAAAGGGAGUGCUCCUAAUCUCAGUUUGUUACCUUUAUAAAAGACACCUGUCCACAGAAGCAAUCAAUCAAUCAGAUUCCAAACUCUCCACCAUGGCUAAGACCAAAGAGCUCUCCAAGGUGUCAGGGACAAGAUUGUAGACCUACACAAGGCUGAAAUGAGCUACAAGACCAUCGCCAAGCAGCUUAGUGAGAAGGUGACAACAGUUGGUGCGAUUAUUCGCAAAUGGAAGAAACACAAAAUAACUGUCAAUCUCCCUCGGCCUGGGGCUCCAUGCAAGAUCUCACCUCGUGGAGUUGCAAUGAUCAUGGGAACGGUGAGGAAUCAGCCCAGAACUACACGGGAGGAUCUUGUCUACACGGGAGGAUCUUGUGGUCCUCUGUAGCUCAGCUGGUAGAGCACGGCGCUUGUAACGCCAAGGUAGUGGGUUCGAUCCCCGGGACCACCCAUACACAAAAAUGUAUGCACGCAUGACUGUAAGUCGCUUUGGAUAAAAGCGUCUGCUAAAUGGCAUAUUAUUAUUAUUAUUAUUAUUAUUUAUUGUCAAUGAUCUCAAGACAGCUGGGACCAUAGUCACCAAGAAAACAAUUGGUAACACACUACGCCGUGAAGGACUGAAAUCCACAGAAAGCACAUAUAUAUGCCCAUCUGAAAUUUGCCAAUGAACAUCUGAAUGAUUCAGAGGAGAACUGGCAAGAACACCAUCCCCACCGUCAAACAUGCAGGGGGAAACAUUAUGCUUUGGGGGUGUUUUUCUGCUAAGGGGACAGGACAACUUCACCGUAUCAAAGGGACGAUGGACGGGGCCAUGUACCGUCAAAUCUUGGGUGAGAACCUCCUUCCCUCAGCCAGGGCAUUGAAAAUGGGUUGUGGAUGGGUAUUCCACAUGACAAUGACCCAAAACACACGGCCAAGGCAACAAAGGAGUGGCUCAAGAAGAAGCACAUUAAGGUCCUGGAGUGGCCUAGCCAGUCUCCAGACCUUAAUCCCAUAGAAAAUCUGUGGAGGGAGCUGAAGGUUCGAGUUGCCAAACGUCAGCCUCGAAACCUUAAUGACUUGGAGAAGAUCUGCAAAGAGGAGUGGAACAAAAUCCCUCCUGAGAUGUGUGCAAAACUGGUGGCCAACUAAAAGAAACGUCUGACCUCUGAUUGCCAACAAGGGUUUUGCCACCAAGUACUAAUUCAUGUUUUGCAGAGGGGUCAAAUACUUAUUUCCCUCAUUAAAAUGCUAAUCAAUGUAUAACAUUUUUGACAAGCGUUUUCUGGAUUUUUUUGUUGUUAUUCUCUUUCUCACUGUUCAAAUAAACCUACCAUUAAAAUUAUAGACCGAUCAUUUCUUUGUCAGUGGGCAAACAUACAAAAUCAGCAUGGGAUACUUUUUUUUCCCUCACUGUAUUAGUUUCCUAACCUCUGUUCCCUAGCUGCUGUUGCAUUCAUCAUCCGGAUAAUUGAAAUAGCUUAUCACUGUCUCUGUCGUGCUCUGAUUUUCCAAACAGGUAUUUGUGUGUUAAUGUGUGAUGUUUAGUUAAGGACCUUGAUUAGGCAAGCUAAGUGUGUUAUGAUGAUUCACAGACUUGGUGCCUGUAUCCUGUGUCAUCUCUUCUGGCUAAAUGACCCAGGCCGUUUGCGUCUUCUCCAGUGUAAUGUCUCACAAGCUCUGUCCUGACACUGUGCUGUUGUAUUCAACAGUGAAUCAUGCGAUGUGUGAAUUGUACUUGGUUGUACACUCUGUGAAAACUGUUCUGUUACUAUAACCUCCUGUACUCCCCAGAACUCUUAAAUACUAGUGUUUGUAAAGAAAUGCAUUUUGUCAAACCACCUUUCCAUAGACCACUCAGAUAACUGAGUGAGGAUCAGAAAGUUAUCUCAUGCAGUCUCGCUCCUGAAGUAGCCUAAUAGUUCUCUGAGUGUGGUUUUCUAUCUCCCACUGACAUAAACAGGACCCCUCUGUCUUGUUCUGGAGGUUGCCUCAGUACUGGUGCUGUGCACCGGCCUCCUCUACUCCUCUUUAAUCACUUCUCUUCUUUUCAUCUCAAAGAUAUAAUGCAGCAGCCAAUAAUGCCGCAGUACAAGAUGUCCCAGAAUUCCAUGCAUGGGAGUCCGGCGUCGACAAACUACCAGCAAUCCACUAUCUCACACAGCCCUUCUAGGUAUGACAAUAAAUUGCUCAUUCAAUUUGGUGUAAUGGUACAGUUGGUGCUCUGAUAGUUCAUUCAAGACUUCUGUCAGCUUUUGAGAGUUGCAAAUUCCCUUGGAAUUGACAUGUUCUUCUCAUUCUCUUCCUCUACAGUCGCUUUGCCCCUCCACAGAUGGGGUCAGGCGCUAGGUUCACGCCCCAGCAGAGCAGCCCUGUGCCCAGCCCUUAUGCCCCCCAAAGCCCUGCAAGUUACUUGCAGCAGUACCCUCAUCCCCCCAGCUAUUCUCAGCACCAACAGAUCCAGCAAGGUGAGACUGCACCUCUGCUUUUGUAUAGGAAAAUGAUGCAUGAAACCUACGAACUGAUUUUCAAAUAACCAUACUGUACCUAACUUUUAUGUAUGUCAGGAUGUUGAUUCUCUGCUGAAGACCGUGUCGGCUUUGUCCAUAUGGACAGAAGUGCACAAUUCAUUAAAAACCAACAUGGCUAAAAUCAAAUUGUAUUUGUCACAUGCUUUGUAAACACCAAUGAAUGCUACUUACGGUUUUACAAAAUUUUUUAAAAUUUUAAAACCCCCCAAAAUUUUAUUUUUUUAAAAAAAAAGGGGGGUUUUUUUUUAAAAAAAAAAAAACCCAAAAUUUUUCCCCCCCCGGGGGGGGGAAAAACCUUUUUUUUUUUAAAAAAAACCCCCCCCAAAAAAUAAAAAAAAAUUUUUUUUUUAAAAAAAUUUUGCCAAAAAAAAAAAAAAAAGGGGGUUUUUUGGGGGGGGGGAAAAAAAAAAAGGGGUUUAAAUUUUUUUCCUAAAAAAUUUUUAAACCAAAAUUUUUUUUUUUUUUUAAAAAAAAAAAAAUUUUUUUUUAACCGGGGGGGGGGGGGUUUUUUUUUCCCGGGGGGUUUUUGGGGAAGGGAAAAGGGGGUUUUUAAAAAAUUUUAACUCCCCAAAUUUUUUUUUUAAAAAAACCCCCGGGUUUGGGGGCCCUUUUUAAAAAAAAAAUUUUUAAAAGGGGGCCCCCCCUUUUUUUUUUUUUUAAAAAUAAAAAAAAAAAAACCCCCCCCCAAAAAAUUUUUUUUAAAAAAAAAAAAAAAAAACCCAAAACCCCUUUGGGGCCCAAAAAAAAAAAAGGAAAAUUUUUAAAUUUUUUUAAAAAAAAAAAAUUUUUUUUGGGUUUUAAAAAAAAAAAAACCCUUUUUUGGGGGAAACCGGGGGGGGGGGGGGGGGGGGGGGGGUUUGGAGGGAAAAAAAAAUUUUUUUGGGGGGGGGGGGUUGGGGGGGGGGGGUUUUUGGGGGUUUUUUAAAAAAUGUUCCGGGGGGUUUUUUAAAACGGGGAAAAUUUUUUUUAAAACCGGGGGGGGCCCCCCCCGGGGGGGGGUUUGGGGGUUUCCCUUUUUUUUGGGGGGGGGGGGGGUUUGGGGCCCAAACCAAAAAAUUUCCAAGGGGAAAAAGGCAAACCCCCCCCAAAAAAAAUUUUUUGAAAAUUUUUAAUUAAAAAUUUUAAAAAAUUUUUUUUUUUUUAAAAAAAAAGGGGGGUUUUGGUUUUUUUUCCCCCCGGGGGGGAAAAUUUAAAACCCCAAAACCCGGGAAAAAGGGUUUUUUUUCCCUUUUUUCCCCCUUUUGGGGUUUUUAAAAAUUUUCGGGAAGGGGUUUGGUUUUUUCCAAAAAAAAAAAAAUUUUUUUAAGGGGUUUUUUUUUGGGGUUUUUUAAAAAUUUUUUUUUUUUGGGGGCCCCCAAACCAAAAAAAAAAAAAAGGGGGAAACCGGGGGCCCCGGGUUUUUAAAAAGGGGGGGGAAAUUUCCCCCCGGGGGGGGGCCCCCCCCGGGGGGGGGCCGGGGGGGGGAAAAAAAAAAAAACCCCCUUUUUAAACCCGGGGAAAAAGGGGAAAAAAAAAAAAAAAAUUUGUUUUUCCAGGGCCCGGGGAAAACCCGGGGGGGGGAAAAAAAAAUUUUUGGGGGGGGUUUUUUUUGGGGGGGGGUUUUUUGGGGGGGGGUUUUUUUCCCCCAAAAAGGGGGAAAAGUUUUUUUUCCCCCCCCCCCCAAAACCAAAAAAAAAAUUUUUUUUUUUUUGGGGGAAAAAAAAAAACCCCCCCCCUCCCCCCCCCAAAAAAAAAGGGGUUGGGGAACCCCGGAGGGGAAGGCCUUGGGGCUCCCGGGGGGUUUAAAAAACCCCCCGGGAAAAAUUUAAACCGGAACCCCGGGGGAAAAGGGUUUUUUGGGGGGUUUUUUGGGGGGAAAAAACCUUUUUCCCCCCCCCCCUUUUUUUUCCCCAAAAAAAGGGGAAAAAAAAAAAAAAGGGGGGGGCCGGGGGGGGGCCUUUUUUUCCCCCAAAUUUUUUUUGGGAAAAAAAAAAGGGGCCCCUUUUAAAAGGGGGGGGCCCCCCCCCAAAACCCCAAAAAAAUUUUUUGGGGCCCGGGGGGGGGGGGUUUGGGGGGGGGGGUUUGGGGCCCAAAUUUGGGGUUUUUGGGGUUUUUUUAAUUUUGGGGGGAAGGAAAUUUUUUGGGGUUUGGGGGGUUUUUUUUUUUAAAACCCCCCUUUUUUUUUCCCCUUGGGGGGGGGAAUUUUCCCCCUUAACUUUUUUUGGGGGGCCAAAAAGUUUUUUUUUAAAGGGUUUUUUUGGGGGAAGGGGAAAACCUUUUUUUUUUUUGGGGUUUUUUUUUAAAAAUUUUUCGGUUUUUGGGGAAAAAAGGGGUUUUUUUUUUUUGGGCCCCUUUUUUUAAAAAAAAUUUUUUUUUUUGGGGGUUUUUUGGGGAAAAGGGGGGGGAAAAAAACUUUAAAAAAAAAGGGCCCCCUUUUAAAUUUUGUUUUUGGGGGGAAAAAAGGGACCCCCCCAAAUUUUUCCCCCCUUUUUUUUUUUUAAAAAAAAAGGGGGGAAAAAUUUUAAAGGGGGUUUUUUUUUUUUAAAAAAAACCCUUUAAAAAAAAAUUUUUAAACAUUCCCCCCCAAAAAAAAAAACCCCAAAAAAACCCUUUUUUAAAAAAAAAGGAUUUUUUUAAAAAAAAAAAGGGGGGUUUUUAAAAAAAAAGGGGGUUUUUUAAAAAACCAAAUUUUUUGGGGUUUUUGGAAAAAAAAAUUUUUUUUUUAAAAACCCACCAAAAAAAAGGGGCCCAAAAAAAAAAAAAACCCCCCCCGGGGGAAAACCCCCCCCAAAAAAAUUUCCCCCCCGGGGGCAAAACGGGAUUUUUUAACCCCAAAGGCCAACCCCCCCAAAACCCCCCCCCCCAAAAAGGGGGGGGGGAAAAAAUUUUUCCCCCCCCAAAAAACCCCCCCCCCAAAAAAAAAAUUUUUCCCCUUUUGGGGCCCAAAAAGGGAACCUUGGGGGGGGGGGGAAAAAAAUUUUUUGGGUUUUUUAAAAGGGGAAUUUUUGGGCCCCCGGGGAAAAGGGGCCCCCAAAAAACCCCGGGGAAACCCAAGGGGGGGGGGGGGGGGAAAAACCCCAAAAAAAAUUUUUCCCCAAUUUUUGGGGGGGGGAAAAAAGGGUUUUUUUAAAAAACCCAAAAACCCCUAAAAGCCCGGGGGAAAAAAAAAAAUUUUUUUUUUCCCCCCAAAAAGGGAAAACCCAAACAAAAAGGGCCCUUAAAUUUAAAAACCAAAUUUUUGGGGGGGGGAAAAACCCCCGGGGGGGGGAAAAAGGGGGGGGGGGGGGGGGUUUUUAAAAAAUUUUUUUGGGGUUUUAGGGGGGCCCCCAAAAACCGGGGGGGAAAAAAAACCCCAAAAAAAAAAAUUUUUAACCCCCCAAACCCCCCCAAAAAAAAAAAAAUUGGGGGGGGGGAAAAAAAGGGGGGCCCCGGGGGGCCCCCGGCCCAAUUUAAAAAAAUUUGGGAGGGGGGGGGAAAAAAUUUAAAAAACCGGGGGGGAAAAAAAAAGGAAAAAAAAAAAGGGAAAAAUUUUUUUUAAAAAAAAAACCCUAAAAAAAAUUGGGUUUUGUUUCCCCCCCCCCCUUUUUUUUUAAAAAUUAAAACUUUUUUAAAAAAAAUUUUUAAAAUUUUUUCUUUUUUUUUUUGGGGGUUUUUUUUUUUUUUCUUUCCCCUUUUAAAAAAAAAAAAUUUUUUUUGGGGUUUUUUUAAAAAAACCAAAAAAACCUUUUUUUUUUUUUUUUUUAAAAAUUUUUUGGGGGGCCCCGGGGUUGCAACACCCGGGGGUUUUUUACCCUUUUUGGGGGUUUUUAAAAAAUUUUUUUGUGAAAAGGUUUUUUUUAAAAUUUUAAAAAAAAUUUUUUGGAAAAAAAAAAAGGGUUGUUUUUUUUUUUUAAAAUGGGGGUUUCCCCCUUUAAAAAAAGGGGAAAACUUUUUUUUUUUUGGUUAAUUUUUUUUUUGGGAAAAUUUUUUUUUUCCCCCCCUUUUCCCCCCCCAAAAAAAAAAGGUUUUUUUUAAAAAAAAGGAAAAACCCAAAAAAAAAGGGGUUUUAAUUGGUUUUUUAAAGUACCCCCCCCCCCGGGGAAACCCCAAUUAAAGGGAAAAAUUUUUGUUUAAAUUUUUCCUUUUGGGGGGCCCCCCGGUUUAAAUUUUUAACCUUUUUUCUUUUUUUUUAAAAACCCCCCCAAAAAACCUUUUUCCAAAAAUUUUAAAUUUUUUUUUUUUCCCCCAAAACAAGAAAAACCCUCCCCCGGGGGGAAAAACCCCUUUUUGGGGGGGUUUUUUUCCCCUUUAAUUUUUUUUUUUUUUUUGGGAAAAAAAAACCCUUUUUUUUCCCCCCCCCUUUUUUUUUUAAAGGGGAAACCCCCCAAAAACCCCAAAAAGGGGGGGGGGGUUUCCCCCGGGCCCGGGAAAAAAAAACCCCCCCCGGGCUAAAAAAAAAAAGGGGGAAAUUGGGAUGAAAUUUUUUUUUUUAAAAAAAUUUGUUAAAAAUUUUUCAAAAAAAAAAUUUUCCUUUUUUUUUUUGGGGGGUUUUUUCUUUUCCCCCCUUUUUUCCCCCAAAGGGGGGGGCCCUUUUUCCCCCCCAAAAAAACCCUUUGGGCCCCCCCCUUUUUCCCCCCCAAAAAAAAAAUUUUUUUGGGGUUUUCCCCCCCCUUUAAAAAAAAAAAACCCAAAAAAACCCCCCUUUUUUUUAAAAAAAAAAUAAAAAAAAUUUUUUCCCCUUUUUUUUUUUUUGGGUCAAAAACCCCCCCCGGGGGGGGCCCCCCCCAAAAACCCGGGGGGGGAAAAAAAAAAAAAAAGGGGCCAAAAAAAAUUUUAAAAAAUUUUCCCCCCCAAAAAUUUUUUAAAUUUUUUUGGGGGAAAAAAAAAAUUAAAAUUAAGGGGGAAAAAAAGGGUUUUGGGUUAAAAAGGCCCAAAAAAAAAAUUUUUUCCCCUUGUUUUUUUAAAAAAAAUUUCCUUUUUUGGUGCCCCCCCCCCCCGGGGGAAAAUUUUUUAAAACCCGGGGGGCCCCUUGUUUUUGCCCCUCCCCCCCCCAAAAAACCCCCCCCCAAUUUUUUCCCCGGGGAAAAAAAAAUUUUUGGGUUUUUUAAUUUUUUGGGUUUUGUUUUUUUUUUCCCCUUUCCCCCAAAAAAAAAAAAAAAGGGGUUUUUUUUGGUUUUUUUUUUAAAAAAAGUUUUUUUUUUUCCCUUUUUUUUUUUUAAAAAAAAUUUUUUUUUUUUUCCCCAAAAUUUAAAACUUUUUAAAAAACCAAAAAAAAUUUUUUUUUUGGGGUUUUUUGGGGGUUUUUUUUUUUUUUUGGGGGGGUUUUUUUUUUUGGGGGGGUUUUUGGGCCCGGGCCCCGGGGGGGGAAAUUUUAAAAACCCCCCCCCGGCCCCCCUUUUUCCCCCAGGGGGGGAAAAAACCAAAAAAACCCAAAAAAAAUUUUAUUUUUUUUUUUUUUAAAAAAAAAUUUCCCCUUUGGAAAAAAUUUUUUAAAAUGCCAAAAAAAAAAACCCCUUUUUUAAAAAAAAAAUUUUAAAUUUUUCCCUUUUUAAAAAAAAAACCCCAAAAAAAAAAAAACCCCCCCCCUUUUUUGGGGGGGAAAAAAAAAAAACCCCCCCUUUUAAAAAAAAAGUUUGGGGGUUUUUUUUUUUUUUUUUAAAAAAAUUAAAAAAUUUAAAAAAAAUUUUUUUUUUUAAAAAAGGGGUUUUAAAAAAAAAAAGGGGGGGAAAAAAAAUCAAAAAAAAAAAUUAAAGGGGAAAAACCCCCGGGGGGGGUUUUUCCUUAAAAUUUUGGGCAAAAAAAAAAAAAACCCCCCCCCCGGGGAAAGGGGUUUUGGGGGGGGGGGGAAAAAAAAAAGGGGGGUGGGGGAAAAAAGGGGGGGGGGGGGGGGGGGGGGGAAAAAGGGGGGGGGGGGUUUUUUUGGGGGGGGGGGGGGGGGAAAAAGGGGGGGGGGGUUUUGGGGGCCCCCUUAAAAAUUUGGGGGGUGGGGGGGGGGGGCCCCCCAAAAGGGGGUUUUUGGGGGGGUUUUUGGGGGCCCCCGGGGGGGGGGUUUUUUUGGGGGAAAGGGGGCCCCCCGGGGCCCCCCCCCAAAAAAAGGGGGGGGGUUUUUUGGGGAAAAAAAGGGAAAACCGGGGGUUUUUGGGGGGGGGGGAAAGAAAAAAAAAUUUUUUGGGGGUUUUUUGGGGGGGGGGGGGCUUUUUUGGGGCGGGUUUUUUUUGGGGGGGGCCAAGGGAAGGGGAAAACCCCUUGGAAAUUGAACCAUUUUUCCCCCCCUUUUUUCCGGGGCCCCGGGCCCAAAAAAAGGGGGGGUUUUUUUUUAAAAUUUUUUAAAAAAUUUUUUUGGGGGAAAAAAAACUUUUUUUUGGAAUUUCCCCGGGUUUUAAUUAGGGGGGAAAAAAAAUUUUUAAAAAAUUUUUUUUUUAAAAAAAUUUUUUUAAAAAUUUUUUGGGGAAAAAAAAAAAAAAAAAUUUUUUUUUAAAACGGGCCCCCCCCCCCCAAAAUUUUUUUUUAAAAAAAAAAAAAAAAAAAAAAUUUUUUAAAAUUUUCCCCCCUUUUUUUAAAACCCCCCCCCCCCCAAAAACCCCCCCCCGGGUUUUCCCCCAAAAACCCCCCCUUUUUUUGGGGAAAAAGGGGAAAAACCCCCCCCCUUUUCCCCCUUUUUCCCCCCACCCCCCCCCCCCCAAAAAAAAAACCUUUUUUAAAAAAAGGGGGGGGAAAAAAGGGGCCCCCUUUUUCCCCCCCCUUUAAAAAAAGGGCCCCCCCCCCCUUUUUGGGGGGGUUUAAUUAAAAGGGGGGGGGGCCCCCCCCCGGGGAAAAAACCCCCCCCCCCAAAAGACCCCCCCCGGUUAGGGGGGGAAAAAAAAGGGGGGAAAAGGCCCGGGGGGCCCCCCCCGGGGGGGUUGGGGGGUUUUGGGGAAAUUUGGGGGGGAACCCCCGGGUUUUUAAAAAAAAUUUUUUUUUAAAAAAAAGGGGGGAAAAAAAUUAAAAGGGGGGUUUGCCUUUUUUUCCCCUUUUUUUUUCCCCAAAAGGGAAAACUUUUAAAAAAAGGGGGGGGGGGGGGCCCCCCCUUUUUAAAAGGGGGGUUUUUCCCCCCCCCCGGGGGAAGGGAACCGGGAAUGGGCCCCCCCCCGGGGGGAACCGGGGCCCCCGGGGGGGGGGGGAAAGGGUGGGGGAAACCCCCCCCCCCGGGGGGGCCCGGGGAAAAACCCAAGGGCCCAAAAGGGGGGGUUUUUUUUUGGGGGGGGGGGGAAAACCCACCCCCCCCCAAAACCCCCCGGCCGGGGAAAGGGGGGGGAAAAAGGGCCCCGGGGGGGCCCCAAAAACCCCCCCCGGGGAAAAAAAAAGGGGCCGGCCAAAAAAAAAGGGGGGCCCCCGGGGGAAAACCCCCCGGGGGGGGGGGGGGGCCCCCGGCCCCCAAAAACCCAAAGGGGGAAAAAGGGACCCCCCCCCAAAAAAAAAAACCCCCCCCCCCCCCCCCGGGGGCCCCGACCCCCCCCCCGGGGGGAAAAAAAAAACCCCCCCCCCAAAAGGGGGGGGGGGCCCCCCCGGGAAAAAGGGGCCGGGAGAAAAAAGGGGCCAAAAAGGGGAAAAAGGGGGGGGCCCGGGGAAGGGGGAAAAAAAGGGGGGGAAAAAAAGGGGGGGGGGGGGCCCCCGGGGGGCCCCCCGGGCCCGGAGGGGGGGGGCCCCCCCCAAACCCCUUGGGGGGGGGGGGGGAAGGGGGGGGGGGGGGGGGCCCCCCCCCCCGGGGGGAAGAAAAAAAAGGGGGGGGGGGCCCGGGGGCCCCCCCCCGGGGGGGGGAAAAACCAAAAAAAAAUUUUUUUUGGGGGGGGGGGUUUUUUUUAAAAAUUUUUGGGGCCCAAAGGGGGGGGGGGAAAAAGGGGGGGGCUGGGGGGGAGGGGGGGGGGCCCGGGUUCCCCGGGGGGGGGGGGGGAAAAAGGGGCCCGGGGGGGUUUAAAAAAAAAAAAGGGGGGGGAAAAAAAAAGGGGGGGGGGGGGCCCCCCCGGGCCCAAAACCCCCCCGGGAAAACCCCCCAAAAAAAAAAUUUUUUUAAAAAAUCGCUUUUUUUGGGGGGAAAAGGGGGUUUUUUUUUGGAAAUUUUUUUUUUGGGUUUUUUGAAAAAAUUUUUUAAAUUAAAAAAUUUUUUUCCCCUUUGGCCCAAAAACCCUUUUUUUUUUUUAAAAAUUUUUGAUUUUUUUUUUUGGGUUUAAAAUUUUAAAAACCCCCUUUUUUUUUUCCCCCUUUUUUUUUUUUUUUUUUAAAAAAAAAAGGGGGGUUUUCCCUUUUUUGGGGGUUUUUUUUAAAAAAAACCCCCUUUUUUUUAAAACCCCCGGGGGGGGGGGGAAAAAAUUAAAAAACCACCGCAACCCGGGGGAAAAAAAACCCAAGGGGGGCCCCCCCCCCCCCCGGGGGGGGGGUUAAAAAAACCCUUUUUUUUUUUUUUUUUUAAAAAUUUUUAAACCCUUUUCCCUUUUUGGGGGGGCUAAAAAAAACCCCCCUUUUAAAAAACCCUUUUUUUUUUCCCCCUUUUUUUCCCCUUUGAAGGGGAAAAAAGGGAGGAAAAAAGGGGGGCCUGUGAGGGGGGAUAAGGGCCGGGGGGCCACCGGGGGGGGGGCUUCCAGGAGCGGGCGGGGGGGGGGGAAAAAACCAAACCCGGGGAAAAGGGAAAAAAACCCCCCCCCCCCCCCAAAACCUAAUUUUGGGGUUUUACUCCCCCCAAAAGGGGGUUUUUUUUUUUUUUUAAAAAGAAAAAAUUAAAAGGGGAAAAUAAAAUUUUUAAAAUUUUUUUUAAUUUUUUUUUUUUUUUUCCCCCCUUUUUUUUUAAAAAAAAAAAUUUAAAAAAAUUUUUUCCCAAAUUCCCAAAACCAAAAAAAAAAUUUUUUCUUUCUUUUUUUUUUAAAAAAAUUUUCCCCCCAAAAAAAUUUUUACCCCCUUUUUUUUUUUUUUGGGUUUUUUUUUUUUUUUUAAAAAAAAAAAAAAAAAAAAAAAAAAAAAAAAAAAAAAAUUUUUUUCCCAAAAAAAACCCCCCCCAAAACCCCCCCCCCCAAAAAAACCCCCCAAAAAAUUUUUUUUUUCCCUUUGUUUUUUUUUUUGGGGGGGGGUUUAAAAAGGGGGUUUUUUUCCCCUUUUUUUAAAAAACCCCCCAAAAAACCCCUUUGGGAAAUUUUUGGGGGUUUUUUUUAAAAAUUUUUUCCCCCUUUUUUUGGGGUUUUUUUUUUGGUUUUUUUUUAAAUUUGGCCCCCCAUUUUUGGGGGGGGGGCCCCCCCCCCUUUUUUUUUCCAAAAAAUUUUUUUUCCCUUUUUCCCAAUUAAAAAACCCCAAAAAAGGGCCCCCCAAAACCCCCCCCCCCCCCUUUUUUUUUUAAAAAGGGGGGUUUUUUUUUUUCCCCCCAAAAAAAAGGGCCCCAAAAAUUUUUUUUAAAACAUCUGUCCAUAGAACUUUCCAAAAAUUUAAUGAUCAUCCAGGUGCUUUUUUGGGAAAAUUGAGUCCAAACUUUUUGGGCGAGAUGGGGGCCCAUUUUCCCGGUGAAACCAAACACUCCACAGUAAAAACAUCAUACCAAAGGUCAAAACGUUUGGUGGGUUUUGAUGGUUUUGGGAUUUCUUGCUGCCUCAGGGAACAUUUGGGUUUUUAAAUCCUUGGUAACUUGUUUUUGAAAAAAUAGUAAUUGUUGUGUUAUUUGUUCACUUAUGUUCCCUUUAUCUAAUAUUAGGUUUUGGUUUGAAGAUCUGAUAACAUUCAGUAUCACAAUAUGCAAAAGUAGAGAAAAUUAGAAAGUUGGGCAAAUACCUUUUUCAUAGCACUGUAGGUCAAAUGAAGAUCUUUAAAUCUGUAGUAAAUAUUUCACUAGGUAAGUGUUGCUGUCCAAUGUAUUUUUCUAACAUGUAUCUAUCCUGUCCAGUUGCCAGAAAGAUGAAGAAGAAGGAGAAACAGAAGAAGAGGAAGGCAUACGAGCCCAAGCUGACACCAGAAGGUCAUUUCAUCCUAACUUCAGUAUGUCUUUGUUGUGUGACUUUGGUCCCAUAAAUGCCGGUUACUCACUUUCUCUGUGUUUUACUCAACAGAACUGAUGGAUUCCUCCACGUUCAAGAGGUUCUCAGCCAGUGUGGACAACAUUCUGGAGAGCUUGGAGGACAUUGACUUCAAGGCCAUGGGUAUGCAAUUAUUCAUUAUCUACUUUACAGGUGUUUUUUUAUCCUCAGCGGUUUGAGUCAGUGUUUAUAAUACAUUUCUACCAAGAAUGGGAAAGAAACUUGUGAUUGUUGGAAUUAUUUUCAAAUGUAAUUCGAUUUCAGCCAUAGUAAUGUUCAGUGACAAAUGACGGUGACAGAACUGCUUACUCUAACUCCACAACUCUUGUCAACAGAUGAUGAUGAGAUCCCACAGGAGCUUCUGCUGGGAAAACACCAGCUGAGUGAGCUGGGCAGCGAAUCUGCUAAGAUCAAGGCCAUGGGCAUCACCUUCAGGGUAAGAAAAGGGAACACUGGAUGCAGGGUGAUGUCAGUCUUUUUGGCAAUCCUAAAUGAUAGAAGGUAUUCUGCUAUAUAUUUUCUUAUCCGUCUCAUCCAUAGCUUCCAUCUGACAAGUUGGUGAAGGUCCUGAACAUCCUGGAGAAGAACAUUCAGGACGGUUCCAAGCUCUCCACACUGAUGAACCAUGUAAGUUGUCCUCUCAUAUGGUUUUCCUGACCCACAUUAUGUCUCCUCCUGGCUUUAAAAGCAUGGAGAAGUUCCACUUGUCUGAAUGUCUUCUCGCUCUGUCCAACAGGACGCAGACGCAGAAGACGAGGAGCGGCUGUGGCGUGACCUCAUCAUGGAGCGCGUGACCAAGUCAGCUGACGCCUGUCUGACGGCCCUCAACAUCAUGACGUCGUCCCGCAUGCCCAAGGCGGUGUACAUUGAGGACGUGAUUGAGAGGGUGCUGCAGUACACCAAGUUUCACCUGCAGAACACCCUCUACCCUCAGUAUGACCCUGUCUACAGAGUGAACCCUCAUGGAGGUCAGCACCCUAAACCCACCUUACUAUCAAAAGCAAUUGGCGCAAAGCCAUAGCAUAAUGUGGCGAGAAUAGGCCAUAUAAAUGACCAGUCACAGUCUUGAUACACUCUGUUCAAGACCAGAGAACCCAGAACAUUUGAAAGAUGGUUAAAGUAAAGAAUAAACAUAGUGUGAUCCACUCUGAACAACUACCUGGGCCACUGUUAUGCAUUUUCCUGCCAUGACUGACUGUGGAGAGGGUCUUUGCUCUCCAUUCCUUGUUUUUCUCAUUGUCUUUCCUCUUCCCCCCCAGGUGGCUUGCUGAGCUCCAGGGCUAAGAGAGCUAAAAGCUCCACACACAAACAGAGGGUGAUCAUCAUGCUCUACAACAAGGUGUGUGACAUCGUCAGCAACAUCUCUGAGCUCCUGGAGAUCCAGCUGUUGACUGACACCACCAUCCUACAGGUGAGACGCCGCUCCUAGUGCUAUCCCUGGGGUCACCUUUGACCUCUGACCUUUUCUGACCCCUGCUCACCUUGUGACUCAUCUCUCCCUUUCUCCUUACCUGAGGUCUCCUCCAUGGGCAUCACUCCAUUCUUUGUGGAGAGUGUCAGUGAGCUACAGCUGUGUGCCAUCAAACUAGUGACUGCGGUAAGAAUCCAAAAACAGGGUUCCCAUUGAGUUCUGCCUUUGUUUUUGAAUAAAGUCCCCUUUAUUGUGCAUCCAUUACAUACUGCCCUUAUAUAGCAGUGCCAGGGUUUGCUGUUGAUGUGGUGCUUCAAACCAGGUUUCCCAUGGAGUCUGGAUUUGCUCUAGAAUAUAUUUCCUUUCAUUGUGUAUGUAUUAUGUAUAGCAAUGUCAGGGUAACUCUUAUAUUUAUUUGUAUUUAUUAGGAUCCCCAUUAGCGGCUGCCAAGGCAGCAGCUACACUUCCUGGGGUCCAAAUAGGAUUAGAACAAUUAUGUCAAAUAAAACAAUUCAUCAUACAAUACAUUAUUACUCUAUUGUGACAAAUGUACAAAAUAAUCUUUACAAUAUAACAAUAUUACAAUGUGUGUGUAGGUGACUCUGAUGAUGAGCCUUUUCUCCUGAUCUCCCUCAGGUGUUCUCUCGCUAUGAGAAGCACAGGCAGCUCAUCCUGGAAGAGAUCUUCACCUCUCUGGCCAGACUACCCACCAGCAAACGCAGCCUCAGGAACUUCAGGUAACUGCACCUAUAGAGAACAUGCGCCACGAGAGACCAAGCAAUGUCAUAGUUUGAAAGUUAGGAAGUUGAUCUUAUUUUUCAAAUACUUUUCUGUUUCUUUUCAGCAUGUUUAUCUGCUGAAAUGAAUUGUCUGUAUUUCUUUGUCUAUGUGUGCAUCCCUAGGCUGAACAGCAGUGAUAAGGAUGGGGAGCCCAUGUACAUCCAGAUGGUCACAGCUCUGGUGCUGCAGCUCAUCCAGUGUGUGGUGCACCUCCCCAACAACAGGGACAGUCACGACGAUGAGUACAAUAAGAAGGUACAUUAGAGAUGCCAUGUUCUACCUGGACUAGUGAUGAAUCCACAGAAUUCUUGGCCAAAGACUUCCGUAUUUUGUUUGUUCACUACCACUCUCUCUUUUCCCAGGUGGAUCAAGAUGUCCUGAUCACUAACUCUUAUGAGACGGCCAUGAGAGCAGCUCAGAACUUCCUGUCUGUCUUCCUAAAGAAGUAAGAUGAUCUCUCUAAACAGCCUUUCAUUCUCACAAUCAAACUAGAUUGUAACUGUUAUUAGAAGAUGGUGUAAUAUAUCUGUUAUGAUACUGUAAGCUCUUUGAUCAAACUUCCCUCUGUCUGUGUUUCAGGUGUGGCAGUAAGCAGGGAGAGGAGGACUACCGGCCUCUGUUUGAGAACUUUGUCCAGGACCUGCUGUCUACGGUGAACAAACCAGAGUGGCCAGCUUCAGAGCUUCUCCUCAGUCUGCUGGGCCGUCUACUGGUGAGUCCAUCCGUCAUAGAAACAAAUAAUUAGCUAAAUCAAUCAGUUAUUGACUAGCAGUAGAGAUAAAAGCACAUAGGAAUCCUCUGGUGUAGGGAUGGGCACGGUUAUCCGUGUGAGUAAUCAUACAAAUAAGAAAAUAAUAUAGGACUAUUUUAACAAUGAAAAGGCUUUGUCAAAAUGUUAUUAAAUUGUCUGUGACAUUGUUACAUACAAGGAUAUACAGUACCAUGACAUUUGAAAUUCUUAAUUUAAUAAAACAAACUUUUGAAAUGUAUUUUUUAUGACGUGCGCUACACAAAAAAGACAUACCGGUAGCCUACCCACGUUUCACGCGUGUAGCUGCUUGUUUUUGUCGGCCAAUCAAAGCAGCAGAGGUUCCAUGUGUAUGUAGCAAGUGAAGUGAAGUGAAGUGAGAGAUCUCUAAGCAAAAUUGUAUACAAAUGACGGAAUAAAAAAUUUGCUAAAUGAGAAGGCGUGGGCUACAACGAACAACCAACAGGUAGGCUGUUGUUGAAUCUGAAUGGAGUUGUUGUUAUUUGGGGAGUGCUGCGUAUUAUAGCCUCAAUUAGCUAGCUAGCUACAUCUCUACAUUGAUAUUAUUCGAAUAGUUACAUUCUUUCAAAAGCCCAUCCCUACUCUGGUGAGUUCUUUGCUGUUGUGGGAAAAAAUAACAGCCUGAAUGACACACUCUUCUCCCGAUCCUCUGUUCCAGGUACACCAGUUCAGUAAUAAGCAGACGGAGAUGGCUCUGAGGGUGGCAUCGCUGGACUACCUGGGCACGGUCGCUGCCCGCCUGCGUAAAGACGCAGUCACCAGCCAGAUGGACCAGCGCUCCAUUGACCGCAUCCUCAGAGAGGUAAAUGUUCAGUCAAACACAGAGCAAACUGAACACAGACCCACAUUUAGUUUGACUAUGACAAUGCUCAACCUCAUCCUCAAUAUUCUUGCUGUAUUUCCAACCCAGACCCAAGGCAACGAUGAGACCCAGCAGCUGCAGAAAGCCCUGUUGGACUACAUGGAUGAGAACGCAGAGACGGAUCCAUCUCUAGUUGUGAGUGUGUUUAAUGACAUACUGUAGUAAUAACUGCCAAUUACUUACGGGUCAGAUGAGAGGUGUAACUCUUGAUUUCUGCUGCUACUCCUCAGUUUGCCAGGAAGUUCUACAUAGCUCAGUGGUUCAGGGACACUUUGACAGAGACAGACAAGGCCAUGAAGUCUCAGAACCAGCGAGGGGACGAGGACUCUUCUGAAGGCCAGCACCACGCCAAGGACAUCGAGACCACCGGAGAGAUCAUGCAGAGAGCUGAGGCCCGCAAGAAGUAUCUCCGCAACAUCAUCAAGACCGCGCCCUCGCAGUUCAGCACACUGAGGUAGGACUCAACCCACGCUGUCCCACUCAGUCAGUACACAUCACAAUGCUGUCAUGGGGGCGGCAGGGUAGCCUAGCGGUUAAGAGUGUUGGGACAGUAACCGAAAGAUUGCUGGUUCAAAUCCCUGAGCCGACUAGGUGAGAAACCUGUCGAUGUGCACUUGAGCAAGGCACUUAACCCUAAUUGCUCCUAUAAGUCGCUCUGGAUAAGAGUUUCUGCUAAAUGACUAAAAUGUGAAUGUGCCUCAACCUCAAUGUUGGCCUGUGUCUCUUUUCUCAAAUGUGUUCUUCUGUUCCUCUCUUCCCCCACAGGAUGAACUCUGACACUGUGGACUAUGACGACUCCUGCCUGAUUGUCAGAUAUUUGGCCUCUAUGAGGCCGUUCGCGCAGAGCUUCGAUAUUUAUUUAACACAGGUAAGAGUGUGAUUUGAUUUAAUUACUGCGUAUGGUAAACUUGGUGCUCUGUGUAUGGUUUGUAAAGAAUGGAUCCCUGUUCCCUCUUGCUCCUCUCAAACAGAUCCUGAGAGUGCUGGGGGAGAGUGCCAUAGCUGUCAGAACUAAAGCCAUGAAGUGUUUGUCAGAGGUGGUGGCUGUAGACCCCAGUAUUCUAGCCAGGGUGAGUCUGCUCUACCCAACACUAAAACUGAUCCACCUAUAUAUACUCCGAGCCUGUUUGUCUGUACAUAAGUGUCUCCUCACUCUUCUCCUCUCAUCAGUUGGACAUGCAGCGCGGGGUCCAUGGUCGUCUGAUGGACAACUCUACCAGUGUACGCGAGGCUGCAGUGGAGCUGCUGGGGCGCUUUGUGCUGAGCAGACCCCAGCUCACAGAGCAGUACUACGACAUGCUGAUCGAGAGGAUACUGGUAACUAACACACACACACUAAUAAUACACACCUGAGCAAGCAGGCUAUCACACAUCUUUAUGCACAGAUACGGAGUCACAGCGUGACACCCUAAACACUGCUGUGAGUUACUCAAACAAGCUGUUAGAGAGGAUAACAUGCCUCAGAGCCCUUUCUAUGGGCUGUAGGAACAUGAGAAGGUAUCAGCUCACACACAGUACUGAGAAAUGGAACUGGGCAGAUGACACUUGCCACCUCUAGCUGAGAGUUCAUUCCAAGUGUAAAAGUUCACCUAAGGUAAUAUUAUUUUCUCCACACUGCCACCCAGGGCUCUGCUGGAGAACUGCAGGCUUCUCAAAUGUAAACAAAAUGCAGAUGAACAGCUAUCAUUUCUCCUCUACUCAACAAAAGUAACUCAGAUUGUCGUUUUGUUAAUAUGAUAUGAUUUAUUCAAUGUUACAUUUAUUUUGGAUAAUAUAUAUUAUGAUCGCUUGUAAAGUAAUUUCAGAAAAUGUCGAGGUAGCCCUGGAGUGAAAAUGUGUAAAUAUGGUGGAUGUUGCAUUCCCAUCCGUACUCAUUUACACCCCUCUUGUUUCUAGGACACGGGUAUCAGUGUGAGGAAGAGGGUGAUCAAGAUCCUGAGAGACAUCUGUCUGGAGCAACCCACAUUCAACAAGAUCACUGAGAUGUGUGUCAAGAUGAUUCGCAGGGUCAAUGACGAGGAGGGCAUCAAGGUUUGUCUGCAUCUGUAAUAAAUGUCUGAGUUUCAUUUGUGAAUGGAUACUUCACAGGGCUGCAGAACGUUACCUGUCGUUUCUGUGCACAUUUCUAAGUUUGCUCCACUUUCUUCUUCAGAAACUUGUGAAUGAGACCUUCCAGAAACUCUGGUUCACCCCUACACCCAAUCACGAUAAAGACGCCAUGACCCGCAAGAUCCUCAACAUCACAGACGUGGUGAGUUCCAGGGCUCAAAGCUGAGCACUGAACUAUCAAACUGACAAAUAACUUUCCAAUGUACAUCUCAGUCGGCGUCACUGUAUUUGAGGGUUGCCUGAUGACAUAAUUUUUCCUAGGUGUCUGCAUGCAAAGAUACAGGUUAUGACUGGUUUGAGCAGCUGCUUCAAAACGUGAGUAUUUCCAGUUGUCUGAGUGUGUUACAUGGUGGUAGUUGGCCUCGAGUCACAUUCAUAACUUUUUUUGCAUUGGCUCAGGUUCAUUGAUGUCACAUUUAUUUGUAGUCGUGGAGAGUAUUAAGCACAGCGGAAAGUUAUGCUGUUUACUCCAGGUUGUCCUUGAAACGUCUACUGUGACUUGUUCAUAUCAGUUUUCUCUAAUGAGAGCUGUUGCAAACGAGUUCCAGAAAGACUUAUGUUGUGUGCCUCAUCUCACAACCUCCCCCUUACUUACUGUGUUUAGCUGCUGAAGACGGAGGAAGAUGCUUCCUAUAAACCAGCCAGAAAGGCCUGCGUUCAGCUGGUGGACAAUCUAGUGGAACACAUCCUCAAAUACGAAGAGUCUCUCGCUGGUAUGGAGCUCCCUCACAGUUUAGAUUUUGCAAGUCACCAUUUAAACUGACACAUCAAUGUACUGUUGAUUUUUAAGAUAUGAUAAACUCUCAUGGACUGUGAGAAAGAAAGUCCAGUUGAGACUGAAGGAAGGAUCUGUGUUUCUGUUGGUGUUUCAGACAUUGAGAACAAGGGGGUGAACUCUAAUCGUCUGGUGUCCUGCAUCACCACCUUAUUCCUGUUCAGUAAGAAUCGAGCCCAGCUGAUGGUCAAACAUGCCAUGACCAUGCAGCCUUACCUCACCACCAAGUGCAACGUAAGGACCCACGCAAACCUUCUCUCCUCAAUUUGUUGAAACAUUGAGACCGGUGUAAGAAAGUUCAAGCAAAAAAGUAGCCACUUGAUUUUUACAAAGAGCUCUAGGGCCAUCUAGUGGUUGGUCAUUGUCAGUACAAGUUUUAAACAACAACAUGACCAACAGGUCAAGUUUAGUCUCGCAUUAGAAUUCUCUCUGACUGUAUCAAUAUGCAUUUUAUCUGGUUUCCAGACCCAGAGUGACUUCAUGGUGAUCUGUAACGUGGCCAAGAUCCUGGAGCUGGUGAUCCCUCUGAUGGAGCACCCCUCUGAGACCUUCCUCACCACCAUAGAGGAAGACCUGAUGAAGCUCAUCAUCAAAUACGGCAUGACGGUACAUCUCUAGUAAAGGCUACAGCUUGUAGCCAGGUUCAAUACUAAAAUAACCGUGAAUGAACCAACCAAAUGUGAAGGACCGGUUUUUUAUCUGUACUCUUGUUUCUUAGGUUGUGCAACACUGUGUGAGCUGUCUUGGAGCUGUGGUGAACAGGGUCACUCACAACUACAAGUUUGUUUGGGCUUGUUUCAACCGUUACUAUGGUGCCCUGACCAAGCUGAAGACCCAGCACUCAGAGGAUUCCAACAACCCUGUUCUGGCUGCCAACAAACCAGCCUUGCUGCGCUCGCUGUUCACUGUGGGGGCGCUCUGUCGCCACUUUGACUUUGACCAGGAGGAGUUCAAGGGCCCCAGCAAGGUAGGGCCAGGAAAUAGAAGGGAGAUAUAUGUUUGUAUUGUUGGGGAUGUUUAAAGACCUGAAUACUUGAUGUAUUGUCAAUCGCUGUUGCUUUUUCCCUUCAGGUUGUGAUAAAGGACAAAGUGAUGGAACUUCUGCUGUACUUCACCAAGCAUGAAGAUGAGGAAGUUCAGACCAAGGCCAUCAUUGGUCUAGGUAAAGCUAACCUUACUUCACCCUAGCACAGACCACUAGUUGUUCUAACAAUGACACUUUUCAAACUUCUGUCAUCCACCACCAAUGGCUUUUGUUCCCCUGGCUCCUCAGUGCUUGUGCUGAUAUUCCUCCACUCUUACACCCCAUCCCCCUCUCUCCGUUCUCCAGGCUUCCAGUUCAUCCAGUACCCAGGGCUGAUGUUCAUGCAGGAUGUCAAGAGUCUGUAUAACGGCAUCCUGUCGGACAGGAAGAGCUCUGUCAACCUGAAGAUCCAGGUGCUGAAGAACCUGCAGACAUAUCUGCAGGAGGAGGAUUCUCGCAUGCAGGAGGCCGACCAACAGUGUGAGUCUCACCUCUGCGUCCAUUCAAUCUAAUAUAUGCAAUUUCCUUAUCCAAAGUGACUUUCAAAAUAGAGUGCCCUAGCAAAAGUUCAUUUAUUCACAUCAAUACAGGUAGAAGAGAACUCCACACAAGCACAGCAAUAUAUUCAAGUGUUAGAAUGAGGCUAAGAAUAUUGGAUGCGUUAGUUAGGGCAUGCCUCCAUGAUGUCUAGUGGCUAGUUUCCAUACGGCUGAACCAGGCUCAGGGUUCCUAAUCGUUCUUGUCUUUGUGCGUCUGCAGGGAAGAAGCUGUCGAAGCAGGAGGACCUGAAGGAGAUGGGGGACAUCUCGUCAGGCAUGAGCAGCUCCAUCAUGCAGCUAUACCUGAAGCAGGUGCUGGAGGCCUUCUUCCACACACAGUCCAACGUACGACACUUUGCCCUCAACGUCAUCGCCCUGACGCUCAACCAGGGCCUCAUCCAUCCUGUGCAGGUACAUGACACCUCAGAAACCCAUACAGUAUACCAUUGGGCUGGCUACUCUUCUCAGACAAAUCAUUCUUAAACUCUGGCCAUGUAAAAAAUAAAUGUGUGAUUUAAAAUGGAGGAAAGUAUCACUGUUGGCAACAGUUUUGUACUGCUGUUGACCCAUCUUCUUUUUCAGUGUGUGCCCUACCUGAUUGCCAUGGGAACGGACCCAGAGCCCACCAUGAGGAACAAGGCUGACCAGCAGCUGGUGGAGAUUGAUAAGAAGUACACCGGCUUCAUCCAUGUGAGUGUUUCUGUCUGUGGGCUGGUCUCAGGGUAGGAAGAGUGGCCUGGCCUCUCAACAGGCUGGUAGUGUAAUCAUCUACUGUAUGUUAUCAAUGUAUAAUGUAUUGUGUUUGGUUGUGUGUGUCCAGAUGAAGGCCGUGGCGGGGAUGAAAAUGUCCUACCAGGUACAGCAGGCUAUCUGGUCAGCUAAGGGUACGGUGAUCCGUGGCUACCGGCAGGACGAGACCACCUCUGCCCUCUGCGCCCACCUCUUCUCUAUGGUCCGAUCCAACCGGCAGCACAGACGAGCCUUCCUGAUCUCACUGCUCAACCUGUUUGAUGACAGCUCGGUGAGUCCCUUCUUCCCCUAGAUACACAUUGAGAAGAAUCAGUAUUAUAGCAGUAUACAUAGACAGAAUGAACAGAUAGACAAAAUGAUCCGUUUGGUGAAGGUAAUGGUUGUUAUUGUGACUUUUCCCCCUGCAGAAGAUGGAGGUGAACAUGCUCCUGUACAUGGCAGACAACCUGGCCUGUUUCCCCUACCAGAGCCAGGAGGAGCCCCUGUUCAUCAUGCACCACAUAGACAUCACCCUGUCUGUGUCCGGCAGCAACCUGCUGCAGUCCUUUAAGGAGGUAGGUCAUGCACACAAGAUCACACGUAGCCACACGUGCACUGGUUUGUAAAAACACUACCUAUAAUGUGACUUUUAAAGACAUACAAGCUAUAGUGGGUUGUAUAUCUUAUAAUAAUCCCCAACAAUAGCUUUUGUUUGGUUGUGAAUGACUGACUCACUCCUCUGUCCUCUCUGCAGUCCCUUCUCAAAGAGCCGAGGCGGCGGGAGAAGAAGCCGAAGGAGAGGAAGUACCACUCGGAGGAGGAUAACUCUGAGGAGGAGCGUCACAGCAGCCGCUCCAACAGCAGUGACGAGGACGAUGAGGUGGUCCACAGGCCCAAGAAGCCCAAACACCGGGCCCAUGCCCCCGUGGAGUCAGACUCUGACUCUGACCUGGAGAUGGAGGACUUGGACAAGGUGAUGCAACGUCUGCCUGACAACCCUAUCCCUCUGCUGGACUUUGCCAACGCCUCACAGGGUAUCCUUCUGCUGUUGGUUCUCAAGCAGCACCUAAAGAACCUCUAUGGCUUCUCAGACAGGUACGUCAAUGCCAGGAGGAACACAACUACAUAACAUCUCACCUUACUGCCUCACUGGACGAGACCGAGCUUGGAAGAUCACAAUAUGAUACUGAUAUGUCUUCUGUCUUUUUAUGUUGUCAUGCCAAUUUCUCAGUUAAUGAAGAAAUAACCUAAACUCAACCUCUUCAUCCGCCCCCUGUAGUAAAAUCCAGAAGUACUCUCCGACGGAAUCGGCCAAGGUGUACGAGAAGGCUGUUAACAGGAAGAGUCACGUGCACUUCAGCCCACGCCAGACAUUGGACUUCCUAACUUCUGACCUGGCCAACGUAGAACUGACCUACGACAUCAAGAGGAGGAUCGUCAAACAGUACCUAGAUGUAAGAGAUCACUCUCACUGACCACAUUUCCUUUUUUCUGAAAGUCUCUUGAGUUGUUUUGUUUUGGUGCUAUAAAGGAAGUAAUGAAGUUUAGGAAAAUUGGGAUUGGAAUUUCAGUUUACUUCCUGAAUUUACUGAAUUGAAAUGGAAUUGAGCCAGAUGGUGUUCCUUUUGUAGUUUGUAAAAGGUGUAUGCAGUAAGACAGGGUUCCCCAACUGGUGGCCCGUGAGUGGUUUUAUUUGGCCCACAAAGUUUUCUGAGCCCCACAUUUUUUUCCUAUUUUUUAUUAUUAUUGUUGGACAUAUUUGACUGUAAAAACGGCUUCCCGAGUGGCGCAGCGGUCUAAGGCACUGCAUCGCAGUGUUGCGGCGUCACUAAAGCCUGGGGUUCGAUCCUAGGCUGUGUCACAAUCGGCCGUGACCGGGAGUCCCAUAGGGCGGCGCACAAUUGGCCCAGCAUCGUCCGGGUUAGGGGAAGGUUUGGCCGGGGGGGCUUUACUUGGCUCAUCGCGCUCUAGUGACUCCUUCUGGCGGGCAGGGCGCCUGCAGGCUGACUUCGGUGGUCAGUUUAACAGUGUUUCCUCCGACACAUUGGUGCAUCUGGAUUCCGGGUUAAGUGAGCGGGUGUUAAGAAGCGCGGCUUGGGGGGUAAUGUUUUGGAGGACGCAAGACUCGACCUUCAGAUCUCCCGAGCCCGUUGGGAAGUUGCGACGAUGAAACAAGAUCGUAAUCAUGAAAUUGGGGAGAAAAGGGGGUAUAAAUUACAACAACAGAAAAGGGACUGUAAAAACACCAGGAAAUCAGCUCCAAGUAAUUUAAGAAAUCUGUUCCCAAGUAUUCCCACGCAUAAUAGAGAGACACGUGAUCAUAUACAAAUGUAAGCAAGGUUUGAAAUUAUUAUGUUUUUGUCAAACAUUAUCUGUUUUGGUCUUCUUGCAGUCAAUUUGCAAACAUUAUAUCUGUUUUUUUGGGCUUCUUGCGGUCAAUUUGCAGUCUACAAAUUAUUUGUCAUAAUGUUCCGGCCCUCCGACAAUCAGCUCAAGAAAAAAAACUGCCUGCGGCUGAAUCUAGUUGAUGAUCGAAGUAAGGCGAAGUAGCAUUGUCUCUGAGCGCAGUAGACUGGUUAACAUUCUUGUCUCUCUCAGUUCAAGUUACUGAUGGAGCACUUGGACCCUGAUGAAGAGGAUGAGGAAGGUGAGGCGUCGGCCAGCGCCAACGCCAGAAACAAAGCCAUCACUUCACUGCUGGGAGGGCCCAGCCACCAGGACCACAAGAACCACCACCAGGACCACAAGAACCACCACCAGGCUCCUAUAGAGACGGACGAUGACGACGAGAGCGACGGAGAAGAGCGAACCCCAGGGGUGAGCCCCAAGCAGCCUAUUGCAGCUGUUAUUGUCCCUGUUCAAUUACUUUUUAGAAGACUGAUGACUGCCAUGUUGGCUACUGAAACCUACAGUGCCUUCAGAAAGUAUUCAUACUCCUUGACUUAUUCCACAUUUUGUUGUUACAGCCUGAAUUCAAAAUGGAUUACAUCCAUUUCUUUCUCACCUAUCUACACACAAUUCCCCAUAAUGACGAAGUGAAAACAUGUUUUUAGACAUUUUUGCACAUUUCUUGAAAAUUAAAUACAGAUAUCUAAUUUACAUAAAAUGCAAUACUUUGUAAAAGCACCUUUGGCAGUGAUUACAGCUGUGAGUCUUUCUGGGUAAGUCUCUUAAGAGCUUUCCACACCUGGAUUGUGCAACAUUUUCCCAUUAUUCUUUUCAAAAUUCUUCAUAUUCUCAAAUUGGUUGUUGAUCAUUGCUAGACAACCAUUUUCAGGUCUUGCCAUAGAUUUUCAAGUAGAUUUAAGUCAAAACUGUAACUCGGCCACUCAGAAAUAUAGACUAUCUUCUUGGUAAGCAACUCCAGUGUAGAUUUGACCUUGUGUUUUAGGUUAUUGUCCUGCUGAAAGGUGAAUUAAUCUCCCAGUGUCUGGUGGAAAGCAGACUGAACCAGGUUUUCCUAUAGGAUUUUGCCUUUGCUUAGCUCCAUUCCUUUUCUUUAGUAUCCUGAAAAACUCCCCAGUCCUUAACGAUUACAAGCAUACCCAUAACAUGAUGCCACCACUAUGCUUCAAAAUAUGGAGAGUGGUACUCACUCAGUAAUGUGUUGUAUUGAUUUGCCCCAAACAUAAUACUUUGUGUUCAGGACAAAAAGUGAAUUGCUUUGCCACAUUUUUUGCAGUGUUACUUUAGUGCCUUGUUGCGAACAGGAUGCAUCUUUUGGAAUAUUUUUAUUCUGUUCCUUCUUUUUACUCUGUCAUUUAGGUUAGUAUUGUGGAGGAACUACAAUGUUGAUCCAUCCUCAGUUUUCUUCUAUCACAGCAUUAAACUGUAACACCAUUGGCCUCAUGGUGAGCGGUUUCCUUCCUGACUGGGUGUAUUGAUACACCACCAAAGUGUAAUUAAUAACUUCACCAUGGUCAAAGGGGUAUUCAAUGUGCAUUUUAUUUUAUUUUUUACCCAUCUACCAAUAGGUGGUCUUCUUUGCAAGGCAUUGGGAAAAAAACUCCCUGGUCUUUGUGGUUGAAUCUGUGUUUGAAAUUCACUGCUCGACUGAGGGACCUUACAGAUAAUUGUAUGUGUGGGCUACAGAGAUGAGGUAGUCAUUCAAAAAUGAUGUUAAACACUACAUGCAACUUAUGUGAUUUGUUAAGCUAAUUUUUACUCCUGACCUUAUGUAGGCUAUCCAUAACAAAGGGGUUGAAUGACUCAAGACAUUAAAGCUUUACAUUUUUCAUGAAUUUGUAAACAUUUCACUUUGACAUUAUGGGGUAUUGUGUGUGUGUGUGUAGGCCAGUGACAACACAUCUCAAUUUAAUCAAUUUUAAAUUCAGGCUGUAACACAACAAAAUGUGGAAAUCGUCAUGGGGUGAGAAUACUUUCUGAAGGCACUGCACUCUCACUGCCCUCGUGUGCAGUAGUUAGCUGGGUGUUGUAGUAAAGGGAUGCUGUGUCUGUUGUAACACUGCUGUUUCUUUCCCCAGUCAUCACGAAGAUCCAGGAAGCACGGCGACUCUGCGGAGGCAUCAGGUCACAUGAACGAGACGUUAGGUUCCAUGGACGUCAUCGCCCUCUGCUGCCCCAAGUACAAGGACCGGCCACAGAUCGCCCGCGUCAUCCAGAAGACCAAUACGGGCUACAGGGUGCACUGGAUGGCUGGCUCCUACUCUGGAGUGUGGGCUGAGGCUAAGAAACGGGACGGACGCAAAACUGUGCCUUGGGUGGACACUAUCAAGGAAUCUGACAUUAUUUACAAGAAAAUCGCCUUGACUAGUGCACACAAGCUGACGAACAGAGUGGUGCAUACUUUACGGUCACUGUACUCAGCCAAGGACGGAACUUCCUAA